ACUCAGACGGGAAGCCGACGGCUCACAAGUAACCCGGCAGCUGCGGAGCGUCACCUCUGCGGCAGAGCGCAGUCACAUCCAGCGGUUACUCAGCAAACAUGUAAAAGAUAAGUGCUCUUACACCGCUUCCAAAAAGUAGGUGUGAUUUAUUUGGCAUAAAAGGGCAGCAGCCUUAAAAUCAUGCUCAAAUUUGGGGCAUUUGCGCAGCGCGGACGCGCGGCGAGCUGUGCGUAAAAGUGAGCCAAAAGGGACAGAAGACAAACUUCUGCGCAACAACGGAGGUCUCCGCCGGUGAGAUGGAUGCGUGGGACAUUUUGGAAAGCUGACAAUGACAUUUAGAAAUAAUAUUUUUUGGUCUCCUGAAUCUGGUGACAGAGUGGAAACUGGGGUCGUGUUGGGACUGCCGGACAAGCUCAUGGAUUGAAUCUGUCUGCAGACUUUAUGUAAGAAGUAGGACAACGCCGCCCCGCUAGUUCCUCUUCGUCAUGCGUAUAGAGACCUUUUUGCCGUCCAGCAAAUGAUAGAUUUCAGCUCCGGAGCUCCGAUCGCAGUUUUCUGAUGCUCAGUUGGAUUUUUAGUCGUUUCCAUCCAACUGUCUGCCUCCUAUAAACAUGGACGAGAAGGCUGAGCGCGCUGCAGCCGACAGCUGCGCGGGGAGCGGGGAGAGCAUCAGCCUCAGCGUGCUCAACUGGGAGCAAGUGCAGCGGCUGGACACCAUCCUCACCGGCUCCAUCCCCAUCCACGGCCGAUGGAACUUCCCCACCCUGGAGGUGAAGCCGCGGGACAUCGUGAAGGUGGUGCGGAGCCGCAUGGAGGAGAAGCGGAUACAUGUCCGGGAGGUGCGCCUGAACGGAUCCGCGGCCAGCUACGUCCUGCAUGAAGACAGCGGUCUGGGAUGGAAAGACCUGGACCUAAUAUUCUGCGCUGAGUUGAAGGGGGAAAUGGAGUUUCAGAUAGUCAAAGAGUUGGUUCUGGACUCUCUUCUAGACUUCUUGCCUGAGGGAGUGAAUAAAGAAAAGAUCACACCCGUGACCUUAAAGGAGGCAUAUGUUCAGAAGAUGGUGAAAGUGUGUAAUGACUCAGAUCGCUGGAGUCUCAUCUCACUCUCCAACAACCGCGGCAAGAAUGUGGAGCUCAAGUUUGUGGACUCUCUCCGGCGGCAGUUCGAGUUCAGUGUGGAUUCCUUCCAGAUCCGCUUGGACUCCCUCCUCCUCUUCUACGAGUGCUCUGAGCACCCAAUGGCGGCCACCUUCCACCCCACCAUCCUUGGGGAAAGCGUCUAUGGUGACUUUCCAACCGCCCUCGACCACCUGCGCAAGCGCCUCAUCUGCACCAGGAGCCCUGAGGAGAUUCGGGGCGGGGGCUUGUUGAAGUACUGCCACCUGCUGGUUAGGGGUUUCCGAGCGGCAUCGGACUCUGAGAUGAAGCUGCUCCAGCGAUACAUGUGCUCACGCUUCUUCAUAGAUUUCCCCGACAUUAGCGAACAGAGGAGAAAGCUAGAGUCCUACCUGCAGAACCACUUUGUGGACCUAGAAGACAGGAAGUAUGACUAUCUGGCCACGCUGUAUGACGUGGUGCAGGAGAGCACUGUGUGCCUGAUGGGACACGAGAGGCGCCAGACGCUCAGCCUCAUCUCAUCACUGGCACUUCGCGUUUUGGCCGAACAGAACGCGAUCCCCAACGCUGCCAACGUAACCUGCUUCUACCAACCAGCUCCUUAUGUAUCAGAUGGCAACUUCAGCAACUAUUACAUAGCACAAGUUCAGCCAAUCUACUCUUGUCCACCUUCACCUCCUCAGCAAUACCUUCCUCCUUUGCAACAUCCCUUCUAUGCCACAUGGUUGCCCUGUAAUUAAACCUUGUGUACACCCAUGCACUUUUGUGCAACCGCUUGAGCUCAUGGCCAUGGAAAAAGGAUGGAUGAGAUUCCUUGAGAUGGGAGGUUGAGGGAAAUGGAAGAAGGAGAACAGGAGUCAAAAUUAGAGAAGAAGGCUAGAUGAAAAAUGGAAAAUGAGGACAUGGAACCUGGAUCAAGCCAGUGAGCCUGAGGGAAGAUUUUUUUUUUCUUUUUUAGGGUAAGUGUGCCACAGCAGGACGAGCUGAGCACACAGGGGGAGGUUCCAGUGAAAGAACGAAAGAAACCGAUCUGUUUGAGGGUUUUGGUAAACUAAACCACCACCGACGCACAAGUUAUCAGCAAACCUGAUGAAAACAUUUUUCUUUGUGUGUUGUGAGCCACGGUUCACAAGAACUUACAUUCAACCUCAUAAAACGUACAUAAAUUCUGCAUCAUCAAUGCAUUACACACAAAGCCGAUGCUCACAUACUGCCACGAGGAGUAGCAGAGAGGACCCUCAUGAUGUGCUAAAGAUACGGUAGUUUCAUUGUUUAUUGUGCAUGUGCGUGUGAGUGUCAGAGAGGCGCGGGGGGGGACUUUUCUUUUCACAGACAAUGCAAAAAGAGGAACUGGAUACUGUUUACAAAUCCAAAGAUUUACUUUGAUACUCAAGAUCUUUUUUCUGAACUUCUGAAAAAAAAAUACCAACAACAAAACAAUGCAUGCUUUAUUUCUGUACAGGAAUAAUUUUAAGUGCCUAGUUACAGCCUAAAGGGAAAAGCUAUUUUUGUGAGUCUUUGUCACAGCUGAUAAUUGAUGUCUCAUUGGCAUUUUUAAAAGGUAACAAUGAAUGUAUUUAGGGUCUGAGAAUUUCCCAAUGCUGAGUAAGGUCUCUCAAACCACUGAUAGAGGAAUUGGACCAACAUGUCUUUUUAACAGUGUUGACUUGACUCGUCUCUUAUCAGCAGUUUGGCUGCGCAAGUACGCAUUCUGAUCACCACAGAGGAAGUAACAGCAUAAUCUCAUCAUCUGUUCUGGUGGGGGUGGGGGUUUAAAAGAAAUUGCUUAUCCAAGUAAAGUAGAAUUAAAGAAAAAAGUUUGCUGAGUGAAAGAGAUCUGGAUGCAAAAGAAGACGAUUCAACCAACUGUACUUUUUAAUUUCAAAAUAAAAAAGGGAUCAGUGCACAUCUUGACAAACUAAAACACAAUGUAAUCACAUGUUAAAGGAGGAAAUGGUACCAAAAGAAAUGCAUGCUCACUUCAAAUGUUGUUUCAUCAAUGCAUUCUUGUUGUAUUUCUGUACACUAAAACGCAUACUAAUGAAUAUGUUUGAAUUGUACAACCUAUGUUUACUGAAAGGAACCCUUUUUGGCUUUUCUUUUGGACAAAAAAAUGAUCGUUAAAACCUAUGCACACACUGUUUCCGUGACACCAAACAAAAGGGUUAAAUGCACUAUUACUGUGGUUGCCUAUCAGUGAAACAAUGUCAAAAAUGACGGCAGUGUCCAUGAAAUGUUAAAAGAAUCACUCUACAGGAUCCCUUUAAUUGACAGAAAUUGUAUUAAAAUCUAAAUUUAACUUGAGGUAAAGUAGUAUAAGGGCAAUUGGGUUUUAAAGAAAAUUACAGGGGAAAGGUGUCAUACAUGUAAAACAUUCUUGUUUUAUAUAUUUAAAAAAAAAAUCAGUAAUAAUUUUUAACAUUUUGAAGAUCGAUUGCCUUUCAAUAUUAUGUAUGCACUGUAAAAGCAAAUUAUUUCCAUGUUUGAAAGAUAAA